AUGGAGCCCUCUGCUCUGAACCACCGGCCCAUCAUCGGAGUGGUGGCUCAGGAGACUGAUGAUGGGACAGAGUCGUACAUUGCAGCGUCGUACGUGAAGUUUGUGGAGUCUGCAGGAGGCCGCGCUGCUCCUGUUCACAUCAAUCAGACGGAGGAAGAAUACAGGGCUCUCUUUAAGUCCAUAAAUGGAGUCCUGUACCCAGGAGGAGACGCCUCUCUGACCACAUCCGGCUACGCUAAAGCUACACGGCUGUUCUUUGACCUGGCUAAAGAGGCCAAUGAUGGAGGCGACUACUUCCCGGUGUGGGGGACCUGCCUGGGGUUCCAGCUCAUGGCCUGUGUGGUGGGGGAGAAGGAGGGAGAUGUUCUGACCAGGACGGGCGAGGCUGACGAGGCCUUGGCUCUGGAUUUUACACACGACGCCACAGAAAGCCGAAUGUUCCGCAGUUUCCCCAAAGAGACUCUGAAGGCUCUGAGCUCUGAGGCAGUGACGGCCAACAUCCACAACUACAGCAUGACCACGGCCACCUUCAAAGAGCUGCGGAGUCUGAACACCUUCUACAGAGUCCUCAGCACCAACACUUACAACGACGGAACCGAGUUUGUCUCAACGAUGGAAGCGUACCAGUAUCCCUUCUACGCGGUGCAGUGGCAUCCGGAGAAGAACCUGUUUGAGUGGAGCCGGUCUCAGCCCCUCCCCCACUCCCCGUCUGCGGUGAAGGUCGCCUCCUGCUGCGCUCACUUCUUCAUCAGUGAAGCGAGGAAAAACAGGCACCGGUUCAAGAGCGAGGAGCAGGAGCGACGGGCGCUGGUUUAUCGGUACACGCCAAAGUACACGGCGGACUGCACGCCCUGGGUCCAGACCUACUACUUCUCCUGA